CUUGUCGUCACAUAAGGGGCGGAGUCUGUGACUGACAACAGGGAUCCUGCUUUUCUGAGUUUGUCAGCUCUGCCUAAAAUAGCAGACGGCGUGUAAAUGUGAAGUGAACUUACGUUUAUCCACUGGAGCCUCCGACAUACACGGUGUGUACACAGCGAGCCAGCUAAAGAUUGUGGUGUGGUCCAACAGUUGAACAAAAAUUGACUGUGACGCGUGAGAGUGUACGAGCAAAGAGAAGAUUGCAUGAUGUGCUAGGAGAGCAGAAGAAGAAAGUGUUUUUUUUCCCGAUAUUGCCGGAAAAGUUGCAGCUAUGGGUCGGAAGAAGAUACAGAUCACCAGGAUUAUGGAUGAGAGGAACAGACAGGUUACCUUCACAAAGAGGAAGUUUGGCCUGAUGAAAAAGGCCUAUGAGCUGAGCGUGCUAUGUGACUGUGAAAUAGCCCUCAUCAUUUUCAACAGUUCUAACAAACUGUUCCAGUACGCCAGCACAGACAUGGACAAAGUGUUGCUGAAAUACACAGAGUACAACGAGCCCCAUGAGAGUAGAACCAACUCUGACAUUGUAGAGGCGCUUAACAAGAAAGAACACAGAGGUUGUGAUAGCCCGGACCCUGAUGCCUCAUAUGUCCUCACUCCUCACACAGAAGAAAAGUAUAAAAAAAUUAAUGAGGAGUUUGAUAAUAUGAUGAGAAAUCAUAAAAUCUCUACAGCACUGCCUCAGCAGAACUUCUCCAUGCAUGUGGCAGUGCCCGUAUCCAACCCUAACGCCAUGUACCAGCCAGGAGUGACUCUCGGCAGCCAGUCCUUGGCAGCAGCCACAGCCUCUCUCAGUGACAGCGGGAUGCUGUCUCCUCCACAAGCCUCUCUGCACAGGAAUGUGGGCUCUAGCGGAGGUCCACAGAGGCCAGCCAGUGCAGGCACUGCAGGUGGCAUACUGGAUACCACAGACCUUACAGUGCCAAGUGGUGCGGGCUCCAGCCCAGCGGGGAAUGGUUUUGUUAAUCCCAGAAGCUCUCCAGGCCUCCUCAGCACACCCAGUGGCAAUGGUCUGGGUAAAGUCAUGCCCACCAAGUCGCCACCACCCCCAGGAGGGAACAUGGGCAUGGGAAGCCGCAAGCCAGAUCUGAGAGUGGUUAUUCCACCAUCAAGCAAAGGGAUGAUGCCCCCACUGUCCGAGGAAGAGGAAAUGGAUUUGAACACUCAGAGGAUGAGCAGUUCCCAGUCCACUCAUCCACUGGCCACUCCGGUUGUGUCUGUCACCACUCCCAGCUUACCCCCACAGGGCCUGGUCUACUCAGGCAUGCCCACCUCCUACAACCCUGCUGAGUACUCCCUGAGCAGUGCAGAGAUCUCUUCCCUGCAGGGCUUCACCUCUCCAGGGCUCUCUCUAGGCUCUAUGUCAACAUGGCAACAGCACCAACUAGGCCAGGCGGCUCUAAAUUCUCUGGUCAGUGGCGGCCACUUACCUCAAGGUGCCAACCUCUCCAUCAGCACCAGCCAGAGCAUAAACAUCAAGUCCGAGCCUAUUUCCCCACCGCGGGAGCGUGUCACGCCUUCCGGCUUCCCCCCUCAGCAGCCGCAGCAAGUGUCCAGCCGACAAGACCUGGGACGUUCGCCUGUCGACAGCCUCAGCUCGUCCUGUAGUUCUUACGAUGGCAGCGAUCGCGAAGACCACCGGCCAGACUUCCACUCCCCGCUGGGGUUGGGCAGAGCCCCCGCUGGCGCGGAGGACAGGGAGAGCCCGUCAGUUAAGCGCAUGCGCAUGGACACAUGGGUGACAUAAAGAGCACCGAUCAAGAAUCCAGUCAUCAGCCAGUCAGAGAGAGGGACGGGUGAGACAUGGACGUACAAGACAGAGGAAGGGCCCUUAAAGCUAUUAUUCAGAUCUAUUUCAAUUCAUAAGACUGUGUGAGGAACCGGCCGUGAGAAGACAUAUCUAACAUAAAGUCACAAACUGAUACGGUAAAGAUUAAGAUCAUUGAAGUGGACUGACUGAUAUGCACAGACAGAUGGCAAAUUGGGUGCAGUUCACGACUGCAAAAGUAAGAUGUUCCAAGAAUAUUGUUGAAACAAUAAAGUGUAGAUUAUUGUAGUUACAGGUCUCAUCAGACACUUACAUGUAGUUGCUGUUUUGCUGUUGUGCUUGCAGGUUGCAAUCAGAGAAGGUUGUGUUGCUUUCAGGUUGAGGACCCUCACACACACAACAGUCACUGCAAGAACUGUCCUGAAAAUCUUGCUGUACUGAUAACAAGAUUAUCUCGCGUGCCCUCUCCUAAUUUAUUGAUUCAGUUGAUCAGAAGAUGAUCGGGAGAUGUAGAGAAUGUGGAGUUAAUUCAAGUUACACAGGAAUUUUGGUCCUUUAGUAAAUACGACCUGCUUUUGUGAAUUGAAAAUAAACAAAAAAAGAAGUGAAACUUCACACAAGAGAUCAAAAGAAUUUAUUGCAAUAAUGACGUACUUACUCAUAUUUUAAUUUAGAAGUGGAGGCGGCUGUAUAAUGUGCAGUUACGGUAAGACGUGUGGGCGUGUAGAGUUGAAUUGGUGAGAAAUUCAACAGGUUCACUUCUGUAGUUAAUCAGUAAUAUAAGCCAAAGCUGUAAUUUUGUGUUGAUUUGUCCACUUGCUUACAAAUUCAUAUCAUCACUUAAAUGCACCAUUUUGGGUGAGGGGUGGGAGUGGGAAGGGGGGGGGGGGUCAGUUAUUUUUUAUUGUGCUUCAUUACAAACAGUGUAAAUUGUCAUGUAAGUCACAUCUUGAAAAUCAUUAUCUAAAGCCAUGGUUUAAAAAAGAAGAAAAGAAUCUGCUGUUUUGUUUGUACAAUUGAAAAUUUGAGCCAAACAUUUUUCAUUUAUUAUGUAAAUAGCAAUUUUAAUAUAUACGACCAGGGUGUGAGUACUUACUGAAUGUAUUGUACAACCACCAUUUCCAAGAAAGGUAUAUUUUUGUGGAAUACAGCCAAGUUUACAAUUGCAGACCUUUAAAAUGUAGAUUAUUUACUGGUCAAUGCUUACCCUCAUUUUUUUUAAAUAUGCCUGGAAUAUCUUCUAAAUUCAAUUGUUGACACCAAGUACAUUUUUGUUCCAAUUUAGGGUUGUAUUCGUUAUUAUGUAGUAUUUUUGAUUGUCCUGGAUACAUUGUAAUUGCAAUGCUGUAAGGUUCUACUCUUUCAUAUGUGUGGAAAAUGAUCACAUGGCUGGGUGAAAUAAGGUUUCGUCUCUCUUCUUGCGUUCGCUCGUGUAGUUAGUUGUAUGCCAGCAUCUGCUGAAUACACUGCCAGCAUUCAUACUCAAAUUUGCCCACCCCCUAUUGGCGAGCAAUUAACGGUGGUUGGAUGUAUCUUAACGGAAUGAAACAUCAUCUUAAGACGAUUCCAUAAAGCUGUUUUGAUUGUUUUAAUUCGAGUGUAGGAUCUCAGUGGUGUAGAAAUGGUUGCUAACUUUCUCACAAAACAUUUUGCAACCAUUUCUUGUAAAUACAGUGGCUUACUUGAAAUGUCAUAACUAUAUAUAUAUAUAUGAAAUGUCACUUGUUCCCUUAAAGCUACAGUGUGUUGGAUUUAGGGGUGUUUAUCAGCAGAAACGGAAUAUAAAGAUUUGAAAAUGGUUGGUAGGUUUUCAAUAGGUGAGAGACCACACACCUGGCAAUUUAAAAAAAAAAAGAAAAAAGUCAUUGCUACAAAAAAGUCAUUGUACAGAUUGCUGGGAUGACAGUUUUGGUCGUACAGUGUGUGGUGUGCAACCACAUGGUAAAGACAACACACCACACAGGAAUGGAUUUCACACACAAACAUUCCCAGGUCAGACUGGAAAUCUCACAAAAUCUCUUGAGAUUUAAACGUGACUUCGGAGUAAACAACUGUGGUGGACGAGGAAGAAUCAAUGGCUAUAGUUUGUGGACUAUUUCCAACUGAGAAAAAACUAUACCAAAAAAAAGGACAGGCGUUGGUUAAAGGAGUGGAGACAGUGCGAGCACCAGAAUUUCUGGUGCGCCAUGACAGCUAUUUUGAUUUUGGAUUGUCCUCCGUGCAUCUGUCACCUCACUUUCUUAUUGGCUGCACAUCACAUUCAACAGGCUACGUGCUUGUUUGUGCUCGGGGGACAACUGCACACGCUGGGAUAUCGGGCCAAGACAAUCAGACAUGUUGAAUAUCCCCAAUUUGAGGUCUGAGCAGUCCCAACGUGCUUCCAAGCAGAUUAGAGGGUUCUUAACACACCACACACAGUAGGAAUAUCUGAUAAGAUUAUCUUUAGAGCCGUCACCAUAGUUGGGGUGUAUUCAAGAUUGUUAGAAGGGAGAGACUGGGUCUGAAAUCGACAUAAUUAUCUUGUCAUGUGAACAGGCAUUAGAAUAUCUACAAGGGAACGGCCCCCCUCAUGGAGGCUGCCAUGUUGCACUUCCAUGUUGAAGGACACUUGCUCCGCCUUUGUGCAUUUUGCAGUACGGCCAGAAGAAGAGUAAUCAGUUGUUGCUCCCUUAUACGCUGUCUGCUGGUUGCUACUGCAGGCUAACCCUUAUUUUGUGAAAUAGAGGAUCAUACUUUUUGCAAGAGGAGGCUUGGAAACGUGAAUCCCAUCACCAAAGAAGUAAAAACAUGAAGGGAACAAAAUUACGAUUUGAGACGGCAUAAGGGAAUUUGCAACCUCACCACUAGAUGACACUAAAUUCUUCACACUGUAGCUUUAAAUGCCUCCAGAAACACAACCUUGGAUCCACGCCCUGUUACUCAGCAGAUCGUUAUCAGCAUCUGACCUUCAGGAACCAGAAAAGCGAAAAUCUAAUUUCACAGAAUGAGGCAAGGCUUUAAUUCCUGUGUUAAUGGUGUCAUGAUGAGACAAAAGUGGACUUGUUUUGUUCUCCUCAAAAAGAUAAAAUACAGUCUCCUUGAUUUCAAUCUCACUGCUAGAAGUUUUUGUCGUAUGCAAGGAGUAUCACUCUGCAUUCGUGGUGGCGUGUCUUGUGUAUUUCUGAGGUUUGUGUUCUCCUCACUGCAUCUUCAAAUCCAUAGUAGCCAUCAGUAAGGAUCUAUGCAGUUUUAACCCUGAUAUUUGAUCAUUUAUUCACACGGCACACACAUUUUUACUUUACAAACAUUAGAAAGAAGAGACAUCUGGAGAUUGCUGGGAUAACAGUUUUACAUUUGAUCAAAUUUUCAAUUGGGAUACUCUGGGGAAUCUCAUGUUCAUACACACUGGUAGACAUAUUGCACAUAAGUAGAAAUUUAUACUGUAAUUCAUUUUAACACAGCAGGUGGAAAUAGCAAUAAUAAAUGACUAUAACAAAACACUCAUAGUCGAGCACAUACUUUAGCACUUGAUGACAUUUCAGGGAAUGUUGUAGUUUCUGUAUUUUUAUGCACAGUCUGGAAAUGCCUUAUCCCAAAGAAAAAA